AAGCGGGUGGCUGCAUGAGAGUGGGGGUCUCUCUAUUUGGGCCUCAGUUUCCCCACGGUGUAAGAGACCGACCGUGGGCCUUGAGCCGAGCGCACCACCCUGGGGAGACCUGGAGAGGGCAGCGGGAGGAUGCGCCUUCGCGCCGGCCAGCUUUGGCCCGGCCCUGCGUCCCCCGCGCGCCCCGGCGCCCCCGCGGCUGGGGCGGAGAGAGGUGGGUCCCUGUGUCUGACUCUAGGUCCGCGCUCACGCGGGCCGUGUCUGUCCCUCCCAGAAAGCCCACUCGGCAUCAUGGGCGGGCCCUGGGCCCUACUGGCUGCUCUCUGGGCGCUGGGGGACAUCGGGGCCGCGGGGCUGCGCAUUGGAGCCUUCAACAUCCAGAGCUUCGGGGACAGCAAAGUGUCAGACCCGGCCUGCGGCGGCGUCAUCGCGCAAAUCCUGGCCGGCUAUGACGUCGCGCUGGUGCAGGAGGUGCGAGACCCGGACCUGAGCGCCGUGUCUGCACUCAUGGAGCAGAUCAACAGCGUGUCCAGGCACGAGUACAGCUUCGUGAGCAGCGAGCCCCUGGGUCGGGACCAGUACAAGGAAAUGUAUCUAUUCGUCUACAGGAAGGACGCGGUGUCGGUCGUGGACACAUACCAGUACCCGGACCCGGAGGACGCCUUCAGCCGUGAACCUUUCGUGGUCAAGUUCUCAGCCCCCAGCUCCGCAGCCAAGGAGUUGGUGCUGAUCCCGCUGCACGCGGCGCCGCACCACGCCGUGGUGGAGAUCGACGCUCUCUACGACGUGUACCUGGACGUGAUCGACAAGUGGGGCACCGACGACAUCUUGUUCCUCGGCGACUUCAACGCCGACUGCAGCUACGUGCGGGAGGAGGACUGGGCGGCCAUCCGCCUGCGCAGCAGCGAGGUCUUCAAGUGGCUCAUCCCGGACAGCGCCGACACCACGGUGGGCAACUCGGACUGCGCCUAUGACCGCAUCGUAGUCUGCGGCGCCCGCCUGCGCAGGAGCCUGAAGCCCCAGUCGGCAGCUGUGCACGACUUCCAGGAGGAAUUCGGCCUGGACCAGACUCAGGCCCUUGCCAUCAGUGACCAUUUUCCUGUGGAGGUGACCCUGAAGUCCCACUGACAGCCCUGAGGAGGCCUGCCAAGGGCAUGCUGCCUGCAGACUCUGGCCACAAGGAACAGCCCCGCAGGGCUCCUUCAGGGUGGAUGGCCAAUCCCCAGUGAGGCCGCAGGAAGGUCAGCUGGGCCUGGACAAGUGGCCAUAGACACCUUAUGGGACGAUUUGGAGCCUGCUUCCCCAUCUGUAAAAUGGGCUACCACCACCCACCUCAUAAGGGUGUGAGGGGCACCCGUGGAGCACUGGGCACGCGGCUGUGCUCAAUAAACACAAGCAAUUGCUCAGUUGGUGCCACACA